AUCGUUUUAGCACUAGCACAGAGGGGAGGCGAGGCGAGGCGAGGUUUAAGGUUUAACCAUGGCCUUGUUGUCCUUGACAGCGUCGUGUAAACCACCAUCAAUGGAGCGUCUUGUCCAUUCUUCUUCUUUUAUUUCAUUACUAUUUCCAUCUCAGUUAAAGUUCCCAAACCUAAUAAAAAACAAGAACCACAAGAUAAUAACGUGUUGCUCUAAUUCAAAUUCUUCUUUACCAACAACAGCAGCACCGAGUGUGGGCCCGCCCGUGAUGAAGAAGAGAAAAAGGUAUAGGAAGCCAUAUCCAGGAGAGAACAAAGGGAUUACUGAAGAGAUGAGAUUUGUUGCCAUGAAGCUCCGUAAUAUCAAAGGCAAACAUACCCACAAGACUGUUAAGAGUGAUGAUGAUGAUGACAGCUGUCAAGAUUCAGAAAACGAUAGCGUAUCUGAAAAAGAAGAAGAGGGAAAUGGUGAUGGUGAUGGUGAUAGUGAUAUUUGGAUUCCCAGUAUGGAAGGGUUUGUUAAGUAUCUAGUUGACAGCAAGCUUGUUUUCGACACUCUUGAGCGGAUUGUUGAUAAAUCUGAUGAUGUUUCUUAUACCUAUUUUAGAAAAACUGGGUUGGAAAGAUCGGAGGGUCUUGCAAAGGACCUCGAGUGGCUUAGUCAACGGAAUAUAGAGAUUCCUGAGCCUAGUACUCCAGGAACUUCUUAUGUCAAGUAUUUGGAGGAGCUUGCAGAGGAUAAUGCCCCACUGUUCCUUUCCCAUUUCUACAACAUAUAUUUCUCACAUAUUGCAGGCGGUCAGGUGAUAUCUAGAAAGGUUUCUGACAAGAUACUGCAAGGAAGAGAGCUGGAGUUCUACAGAUGGGAUGGAGAUGCCCAGGAAUUGUUGAAGGGUGUGCGUGAGAAGCUCAAUAUGCUUGGAGAGCACUGGACACGAGACGAGAAAAAUAAAUGCUUAAAGGAAGCGGCAAAGUCAUUCAGAUAUUUGGGGCAGAUAGUCCGGCUGAUCAUCUUGUGAUGCAGCUUUGAAAGCAUGUUUGUGGUAAGUUGUAAAGAAUGCCUGCUUUUCUUAUGGUUGUUGCCAAAUAUCAUUGUUUCUGUUGUGGACCAAGUCAAUGUUUAUCCCUAAGGUGGUCAACUUACAGAAACAAGAUUCACGUCAUUGAGUAAAAGGAGAAGCUUUGUUUUUGCACAUGCAACAGCAUUAGUAUUUGUUUGUGAUGGAAUUGUUUUAUCAAAAGGACACACGGCAUGGAUGGCAACGUUUUCAUGGAGUAUUUAUACGCUAUGGAUAGUGGCAGUUAAGGCCUUGCAUUCAACCCAUGGUAAAUUGUUUUGGGAAAAGGCGCAGAUUGUUACGAUUGCAUAGGGUUGAUUGUAUUAUAUUACUUAGAGUGCAUGUGUGCGUCUGGAGGUUAAACUUGUGGGGUUUCUAUAUUACAAUUAAGCAAUAGGAGGAUGAAUUUUAGCAACUUGUUAAUAUUUGUUUGAUAUUCUUGUUCUUGUGUG